CGGAUAUACGGAAAUGGCUGCUCCGACAUCUACGCCCUUCUUCUGGUUUGGCUACUUGUGUGUCGUCGUGUUUGUGUCUGCAGACCAGAAAAUCAUCACAGCUCCAUCUGGGCAGAACAUCAGUUUGCCCUGUCGAGCUCCAAACAACAACAUAGUUGUAGUAGAGUGGAGCAGAACUGUGCAGAAUAAAGAAUAUGUCUUUUUGUAUCGGGAUGGGCAGUUUGUUUCUGAACAGCAACAUGAAUCUUAUGUUAACCGGGUGGAUCUGCAAGACAGACAGAUGAAGGACGGAGACGUGUCUUUGAUUCUGAAGAAUGUGACGACUGCUGAUAUUGGAAAAUACGAGUGCCGUGUCUUCAUGGGAGAAACAAAUCGCGGGAACAGUGAGCUCAUCAGCACCAUCACACUGAGUGUUGUUGAUCCUCCAGGUCAGACAGGAGGACACACAGAGGAUGGAUCUGUUGGACUGAUUGUUGGUCUGACUGUUUCUGCUGUGUUUCUUCUUGGAGUUGUUUUUUUCAUUCACAGAAGAUGUAAACAACAACCUAGUCAGGGUUCAUACCAGCCUCCUUCUGGAAAGUAGCAGGUUGACAUUUCUCAGGGAAAGGAAGAUGAUAAGAUGACAGAAUUUAUUUUGAUGCUGAACGUCCAGCAGAUCAAUAUCAAACAUGUUUGAUUUGAUUUUACAUUUUAUAUUAUCAGUCUGCUGCUGUUGGACUGACAGUUGGUGAGUCUGUCUUCUUUUUGCUUUUAGUGGUGGUAAAACAGAUAAGUCAGAGUCUGCACAAGCCUCCAGAGCAGGAGUAAAAUUACUUGGCUAAGUUAGUCAUAAAAAAUGUGGGGUUUUUUUUGUUUUUUUGUUUUUUUUUAAGGUCGUCUAAUUUCAACAAUAGUUAAAAAAAUAGUGAAAGAUCAACAGUCUAAACCAGCCAUUUUGACGGCAGUUCAAUUUGUGCCUGCUACUUUUUUUUCAUUUCAAAUUUAUGAUUAUCUUUACUUUUCACAUAAGUCCAUAGUUUGACUGUCAAGUACUCCUGCAGUAUAAUCCACUAAAGUCUCAAUUUCAUUGUUCAUAUUUGAAACCGCAGGAAAAAUAUAUAAAUAUGUUUAAACAUUUAAGCUGCAGCAUUAAAAUACAAGGUUCAAGCUGCAUUUAAUCUGGUUUUAUUGUGUGCAUAUUUAUGUCUAUAUUAGGGCUGCCACAAUUAGUCGACUAGUCACAAUUACUUCAAUGACUAAUUUAAUAGUCGACGCAUUGUUUGAAGCUUUGUAAGAUCCUGAAUGAUGCAGGAAUAAGCAGUAGGAUUUAAGAGUGUAAUAACUGACUGAAACAGAAGAUGGCAGCAGUGCAUGGCUGCAUUUGUAGGCCUAUUACAUCACAGCAAUGCAACAAAGGCUGUCCUAAUUCAAAGACUCCUCCAAAUGCGGCCGACAAAUGCAUCCUCUUUUUCCCCAGAUUUGAAGGAUGGGUUGGGUGUAUCCUUAGUGGCCCAACCUAUCCCAGAAUUCAUAGCGCGGCU